AUGCAAAACGAGCUGGGGGAUCCAACUAUAUCACCGGGUGCCACACCACAUGUGGGACAACAUGUAACAGUUCCAUCUCAGCCCAUGUCUGGGCCAUUGUCGCAGACACCCUCAACAUCAAAGGUAGAACCAGAACAACCGGAUCCGAACCGAGCACGAAAGGUAUGCGACUGAAA